AUGAAUAUAAAUGAUAAAUUAUGUCUUGAUGAUGGGACUGCAAAAACAACUAAACACUUUUAUAGAAGCGUUGUUGGUGGUUUGAUGUAUUUGACUCAUACUUAUCCAGAUAUAUUAUUUUCAAUUGGCAUAAUUUCAAGGUUUAUGCAUUCACCAUCUGUUCAUCAUCUUAGAGUAGCAAAAAGAAUACUUCUAUAUGUGCGUGGCACUAUUAAUUAUGGAAUUCUAUAUCAACAUGAUGUUGAAUUCAUUUUUUCUGAUUAUUCAAAUAGUGAUUGGACAAAUUCUAUUGGUUAUUCAAAUAGUGGUUUUGUUUUCAGCUUUAGUUAA